AUGAAGCGCGCGAACACGAUCGACAUCGGCCGCCCGCUCGCCGGCUACAAGCUGGACAGCGACACCGACGACGACGCGCGCGGCCCCGCGGUGCCCAAGUUUCAACCUCAAACGGAGAACGAUAGGAAAUUCGUCGCGUUCAUGCGUAAAAACGAGGAGAAUCAGGUGACCGUCAACGGCCAAUCGAACUGGAGCAGUCGAUUCGGGAACAUCAAGCACGCGUUCGAAAGCCGCGAGCGGGACACCCACAGUCGAUCGUCGAGCUCGUCGUCGGCGCGGCGCUUCUGGCGGGCGGCGGACGAGUCGCCCUCGCCCUCCGCGCCGCGCCCGCGCCGCUUCCUCGCCGACGUCACCAACAACAACGUCGUCAAGCCGCCGUGGACGGCCGAGCGCCGGGAGCCGCGCGCGCCGCUCCCGCCGCCCGUGCCGCAGUCCCCCACGAGGCCCGUCGUCGUCAAACCCUUCGUCGCGAAACCGAUCCCGGUCAACCAGUUCUCGCACGCCCCGAUGUCGGCGUUCAAACCGCCCGCCAAAAUCACGUCGCCCACGAGCGCCCCGGCCCACGUGUGGAGUCCGCCCUCGGUGCUGAACAGCGCGGCGUCCUCGACCACGGAGCCGCCUCCCCCCGCCUACAACGGCACGGGCCACCCGACGGUCGCCAGCCCGCCCGUCCAGAGCGUGCCCUGGGCCGUGCCCGAAAACGACCGGCCCAGGAGAGUCGUCAAUAACGUUUUCAAUAAAUAUGAAUCCCCGCCGCCGCCGCCGAUGGCCCCGCCCGCUUACAGCGAGAGACCGUACAUACCCAACCUCCCCACGCCGCCGACUCACGCGCCCCCGCAGGUCCAAAGCUACCCCGUAAAGACCAUUCCGAGCCAGAACCACCUCGCCGCCCCGGAGCUCGUGAGGAAAGUGGACGACGCCAAACCCUACGCCGGGUCCGCUCCGUUCGUGCCCAAAGUCGACGCGCAAAAACUGCAGAUCGAGUUUUACGAGAGACAAAUUCGGGAGCGAGCUCGCCACGAGCCGACGACCAACGGCCACGCGGAGCCCGGCGAGCGCAAGCCCGCGCCGCCCGCCUACACCGUCACCGACUACACGCCCGCCGACGUGUCCACCUUCGUGCCGCUGCAGCAGACGCCCGACAUCGAGAAGGCGCGCGCGCACAAGGUCGACUACCUGCCCGACGUCGUCAUGAACGAGCAAGACCGCGGCGGCCUCGCGCGCUCGCCCGGCGCCCCGCCCGCCCACCGCGCGCGGGCCGGCCCGGCCCAGAACGGGCACGCGGGCCCGCACGACGACGGGCCCACCACGGAGCACGGCAGCGUGGAGACGCGCGUCAUGCGCGGGCCCGUGCGCGGCGCCGCCACCAUCACGGCCGGCGUGCGCACGCGCCACGACGACGCGCGCCGCGACAGCCUCAAGGGCGCGCUCGACAGAGUCUCCUUUCCGAAACGCGACGCGGCCCACGUAGAGCGGAAAAAGCGCGAGGCCGCCAGGAGUCAGGUACGGGUCCCUGUACAGACCGGCCCCUCCCCCCAGCACGCGCCCCCAAAGCCCCGCCCGCCCCCCGUCGAGCCCGAGAGCUUCCUGUCCCCGGCGGGCCCGCGCAGCCCGCUCGCCGCGUCCCGCGAGUCCGUGCUGUCCGGCGGCUCCGGCGCCUCCAGCCCGCUCAGCCGCUCCGGCUCGUGGAGCCAGCUGGCCGAGCGCUCGCCGGCCGCGUCGCCGCGCAGGGUGGUCGCGCGCGCCAAGUCCAUGCACCUGCUGGCCGUGCCGAAGCUGUUCGAGGGCGGCAUCGCGCGCGACGAGCUCACGGAGAAGAAGAGGACCGUGGAGGCGUACUUCGGCGGGCAGGCGGCCCGGGCGCCGGCGCAGCGCCGCGGCCGGCCGGCGCCGCAGGCCUACUCGCUGGGCCGCAGCCGCACGAUGCCGACGGUGGCGGAGCUGCAGUUCCUCGACGAGAGCAACGCCGACGACGCGUUCGAGGACCUGGUGUCGGCGCUCGCGUAG